GGAAAAUUCCUAAGCAUGGAUCUAACUGCCCCAUCCUGGAACUCUAACAACACAGGAGUCAAAGAAAUUUACUACAGUGAAAAUUUAUCCUAUUUGACCAAGUUCAAUUUUCUUACUAUCAUUGUUGCUGUGGUUGGGCUGGCAGGAAAUUCCGUAGUGCUAUGGCUUCUAGCCUUCCACAUCCAUAGGAAUGCCUUCUCAGUCUAUGUCCUCAACCUGGCUGGUGCUGAUUUCUUGCUACUUUGCAAUCAGAUUGUGUAUUCCCUACAGUAUGUCCUUCCUUUAUAUAUCAGCAACAUUUCUUUUCUCAUCUUUACAUUUAUGUUUGCUUUUUUUGCAGGUUUGUGUAUGAUUGCAGCCAUCAAAGUUGAGCACUGCCUAUCUGUAAUGUGGCCGAUCUGGUAUCACUACCAAAGACCAAGACACACAGCAGCCAUCGUGUGUGUUCUGCUCUGGACUUUCUGUCUGUUGUUGAGCCUCCUGGUAGGGCUAGGCUGUGGCUUUCUGUUCAGUUAUUUUGAAUAUGAUUUCUGUAAUACAUUUCUCUUUAUCACUACUGUAUUUACAAUAGUGUUAACUGUGUUUCCUUCUGUGUCCACCCUGGCCCUAUUGGUAAAGAUCAUUGGUGGAUCAUACAGGUUUCCAGGGUUCAGGUUGUAUAUAUCCAUUGCUCUCACAGUGGUGGUAUCCAUAUUUUUUGGUCUGCCCCUUGGGAUCUGCACGUUGCUCUUGGAAAGGUUUGAAGCGUUUCAAAGCAUUUUCUCACAAAAUACAUGGGAAAUGAUACUAUUUCUGUCCUGUGUUAACAGCUGUGCCAAUCCCAUCAUUUACUUCCUUGUUGGCUCCAUUAGGCACUGCAGGUUUCAACGGCAGAGUCUGAAGCUACUUCUGCAGAGAGCCAUGCAGGACACUCCUGAGGAAGAGAGUGGAGAGAGGGGUCCUUCAAAAAGGUCUGGGGAACUGGAAAACAUCUAG